AAACCUUCGCGAAAAGUAUUGAAUCGGUGACGUCACAAAAGACGAGACGGUGGAAGGAGACGGACGGGGUGGACGGUCGCGUUGAAAAAUGUCCGGUUACUCGAAUUUAUCGUGUACGUGAAGAGAGUGAGCGUGGUAAACACGAGACUCGGGAGGACAGUGAAACGUGAACCAGGGGCGGCGUGCAGAACCGGCGAGACGUUGCCCCGCGGAACGGACUCCCCGGGCACGUGUACUGGCGGGAGGCGACCCCGGAGUAGCCUCUCUCGAGUCGCUCCGUCGACUCCUACGACACGGUUCGAUAUCGCAUCGCAUCGUAAAGUCGCGAUAAAAUAAAACGAGGUGAGCCGCGCGCGCGGGCGUAUCAAGUCGCUCGAGGUGUCUUCGUCGACGGGGGAUCAUCUUCAUCCACGGAUCCGUUCACGAUUGUCACAGAUUAAGCGGACGAGCGCGCGUUUAAAUAAACGAGUCGCUGGAAGCGUCAGGGAACGAAGAGAGAGAAUGAAGAUUGCCGAGGGGGAAUGAUAGGUAAGAGCACGCUUAAAAGGAGAGACGACGACAAGAUCGAUGUCGAUUAGAAGAGUGACGAAUCCGCGAAAACGUGCGACAGGAUGCAAGAGGGUAACACCGCCGUUGCGCUAGCGAUGGUGACUCCCGGAUACGAUCAGGACCCUGCGAGUGGGGUCGCCGACUAUACGACUCAUCAAGAUCAGGCCCAGUUCGAGGCCGACAAGAGGGCCGUUUACAAGCAUCCGCUCUUCCCGCUGCUGGCGUUACUCUUCGAAAGAUGCGAACAGGCGACCCAGAGCUCGGACAACUCCACGUCCGAAAGCUUCAACAUGGAUAUACAGGCUUUCGUCCAGCACCAAGAAAGAGACCGAAAGCCCUUCCUGAUCAAUGACCCCGAGAUUGACGGUUUGAUGAUCAAGGCGAUACAGGUGCUGCGUAUCCACCUCCUGGAAUUGGAGAAGGUGCAGGAGCUGUGCAAGGACUUUUGCAACAGGUACAUUACUUGCCUGAAAGGCAAGAUGCAGAGCGAGAAUCUGUUACGCAGCGACUACAGCCACCAUGGGCACGAUAUGGGUCCGUCGAGUGGAAGCAAUGGCAGCAGUCCGUUGCAGGUGCUGUCAUCUACAGGCAAUGAUGUUGAGUCGGGAGCUAACGGAUUCAGAGUGAGCCGAGGGGACUCCGGACUGGCGGAGAACGACGGUGCGAAUCCGCGAGAAGAGAGCGAUAAUCACGAUAAUCAACCGGUCCGAUCGUCGUCUUCCGCCAUCCAGCGCAACUCGGGCAAAUCCGCUAGCCAAGACCGCGACGAUCCACUCUCACCGUCUGCGGUGCACGGAAGCACGCCUCUCUCGCAGAUCGGGGCGCAUGGAUGCACCCCGGUUAACGACAUGUUUGUCGGUCAAGAUGACGAUAACGAGUAUCUACGAACUAUCUCCAACAGAAUAUAUUUGGAAGAGGCUGGAUACUGGGGACUAGUUGCGUUGCGAGAACGAGAAAACGCGGAAUACGCGGAUGUCGGAAAUGCUAAUGAUGAAAAGUAUUUCGACAUUACUGUUGCAGGCUCGCCUUCUCCGGCAGCGAGUGAGGACGAGGAGGAAGGUGCCAGCAACGCGGCCUCGAAUCACGCUGGGAAUCAUAGAAGUAAUCACAGUAGCGCUAGAAAGGGACGUCAGAAGCGUGGUGUUUUGCCUAAACAUGCUACUAGCAUUAUGCGGACGUGGCUCUUUCAGCAUUUAGUACAUCCUUACCCAACCGAAGAUGAAAAGCGUCAAAUCGCCAGCGAGACGAAUUUAACGCUGCUACAAGUAAAUAACUGGUUUAUCAAUGCUCGUCGAAGGAUUCUACAACCCAUGCUAGAUAACGCGGGCGCGGAUACUGCUUCGCGUGCUGGUAAACGUCACAAAGUUUCGAAACACGCUGUACAACAACAAGCGGCUCAACAACAACAAGCAGGCUGGCAGUCCGAAGAUUCGGCGAGUGAUUCGGGUUCUAGCGACGGUGAGGGAGGUGCCGCUAGAUCGAAAGACGGUAAUGAUAGCGAUGAAGAUGAUCUUCACUGACCUCUGUCGAUCACCGAAACGUCAACCUCUUUACGGUACCUUCAAAUCCAGUUGCUCAUUACAGUAUUAAGGUAUUCGGGUAUAGAUAUCGCUUUAACUGUCAAAUACGUAAUUAAUCUUGCGAAAGUUAAGAAUAAGUGGGUAGAGGUUAUCACGCUCUCUGAUCAUUCGACACUGACUAUUCGUCAUCUACCCAAACUAUUAGCUUUUUUUUUAUAAUGAUUGAUUACAUUUUUAAUCUUGGUUUAUAUUAUGAUGGAUAUAUUUUUUCACGAUUGAAUAUAUUUCAUCAUAUAUAACAUGAGAAACGAGAACUGAGAUUGAAUAGGUACUAAAAAGAGAGAGCAGUUUACUUAAAUACAUCUAAUUUAAACGCAAAUAUAUAUUUGCAUUAAGCUACAAGAAAUGUUAUUUAUUUUUGAUGACAAAUUUUCAAGUGAAUAAUCGCGCGAGUAGUGAAAAUAAAUUUGAGUUUUCUUCCGAAUCAUACUUUUUAUUAGUUUAUUUUUUCUUAUAACGUACGUCCCCGAUAAUUUAUUUGACAUCUAUAAAAAUUUUAAAAUAUAUAUUGGUUUAGACGUUGACUAUUAUGGUAGUCAUGUGUCAUCAAAUUCGCUAGGCAGUCAACGUUUUAAAUGUAAGAUUAACGAUUUGUCGGACAAGAAUUCAUUAUGAAAAGAUUUUUUUUUAGUUAGAUUAUUCAUUUUCCUUAUUUUUUAUGUACAUUUUCAAAUAUGUACUAUUGAUGAAUUAUAUCGCGUGUAAAAACUUUCUUUUUUAUGUAUUUUAAUAUAAUAUAUUAAUUGCCUCAAUCAAUUAUGGUUAGUUUUUCAUCACACAACAAAUACACGCACACACACACAACUUAAAAUUUUAUUAGAUGUAAUAAAACAAAGCAGAUAAAAUCAAAUCUCUAUCUUUUGUUAGCUUCAUCAACAAUAUUAUUAUUAUUACUAUUGUUACGAUUAAUACUGUUUCUACUAUUCGACUACUACUACUACAACAUCCACUACUAUUGCUAUUACUAUAACUAUUGCUAUUAUUAAUAUACUGCUAUUACUAGUAAUAGUAUUACUACUAAUAAUAAUACUAUUGCUAUUCCUUCCAUUAUUGCUAUUACUACUAUUACUAUACUAUGUGACUUUUACUAUUAUUACAAGUACUAUUACUACUACUGUUAUUAUUAACACUAUCGCUACCACUAAUGCUACUGCUAUUACUGCUACUAUUAAUACUCAUACUGCUCCUAUUACAAUAAUUGUCAUUUUUUGUGUCGCAACAAAAUACUGGUCUGCAUUUUUUCCGUUUGCAGUUAUAAUUCUAAGCUUUAUAAAUAGAAAUUUACAUCUGUUUUAUAAUUUGUAUAAAAUGGAAUGCGAUACGCGGAUAAUGAAAUGGUAAUUGGAUUAUUGGUCAUUAAUACACAAUAAAUAAUUGUAAACAAAAACAUUUGAUCAGACGCGUUUGUGGAAAGUUAAAAAAUGGAUACUUAUUUAAUUUUCAAAUGAUGAGGACAUAGCUAGUAAUGCAAUAUUAAUUGUACUUUUUCGUGCCAUUAAAGAGCGUGGUAACUUC